ACUCUUAAUCUUUGUUGGGUCUAAGUUCAAAACUUUGGAAAGAGCUAAGAACAAUUUAUUUAGUCAUUUAAUUAUUUUUCUGAGUGUGCUUUUACUUCUGGAGGUCAUCGAUUAGGGUCCCUCAAUUUGUAUAGGGUGCAUGGAUUGGCCUAUCUGGCCUUUUUCUCUAAUGCAUAUGGUGGUUGAGACUUGAGAGAGGCCUAUAUAUAUGCACACUUUUGGCUCUCUCAUAAACUAGAGCAUGCCCAUACCAUUGAAUGCUCUGUGUCUAGGGGUUUUGCAGCUUCUAGGGAGCAUCAAUGGCUGUGUUCAUGGUGAUACUUUGUGUUCUCUUUGUCCUCUGUAUCUGCUCUGCUUUGCUGAGAUGGAAUGAAGUGAGGUACAGGAAGAAAGGCCUCCCUCCAGGCACAAUGGGUUGGCCAGUUUUUGGGGAGACUACUGAGUUUCUCAAACAAGGCCCCAACUUCAUGAAAAACCAGAGAGCAAGGUAUGGUAGUUUUUUCAAAUCCCACAUACUGGGGUGCCCUACAGUUGUUUCCAUGGAUCCAGAGCUCAACAGAUACAUCCUAAUGAAUGAAGCCAAAGGGCUUGUUCCUGGCUAUCCUCAGUCCAUGUUGGAUAUAUUGGGAAAAUGUAACAUUGCAGCAGUUCAUGGCUCCACUCACAAGUACAUGAGAGGCUCAUUGCUUGCCCUCAUUAACCCAACCAUGAUCAGAGACCAGAUUUUGCCCUAAAAUUGAUGGACUUCAUGAGAUCCCACCUUCAGUGGUUGGGCUAACCAAGUCAUCAACAUUCAAGAAAAGACCAAGAGGAUGGCACUUCUCUCAUCACUUAAGCAGAUUGCAGGCAUUGAGUCAAGCUCAAUUUCCUGCAAGCCAUUCAAGACUGAGUUCUUCAAGCUUGUUUUAGGCACCCUUUCAUUACCUAUUGACCUUCCUGGCACAAAUUACCGCCGUGGAUUCCAGGGAAGGAAGAACAUCAUAUGCAUGCUGGAACAGCUCAUAGAGGAGAGAAGGGCUUCCCAAGAAGUCCAUCAAGACAUGCUUGGUUGCUUACUGAGUGAUGAAAACAGAUACAAACUCAGUGAUGAAGAAAUAAUUGAUCACAUAAUCACGAUCUUAUAUUCGGGUUAUGAGACCGUUUCGACUACUUCAAUGAUGGCUGUGAAGUACCUCCAUGAUCAUCCCAAAGCGCUUGAAGAACUCAGAAAAGAACAUUUGGCAAUCAGAGAAAAGAAAAGGCCAGAGGAUCCAAUUGACUGGAAUGACUUGAAAUCCAUGCGGUUUACUCGUGCGGUGAUAUUUGAGACCUCAAGAUUAGCUACCAUUGUCAAUGGGGUGCUGAGGAAAACCACUCAAGAUAUGGAGCUAAAUGGUUAUCUGAUUCCAAAGGGGUGGAGAAUUUAUGUUUACACCAGAGAGAUUAAUUAUGACUCCUUUCUGUAUCCUGAUCCAUUAACCUUCAAUCCAUGGAGAUGGCUGGACAAGAGCUUGGAAUCUCACAACUACUGCCUUAUAUUUGGAGGGGGCACAAGGCAGUGUCCAGGAAAGGAACUUGGAAUUGCAGAGAUUUCAACUUUCCUGCACUACUUCGUAACUAGAUACAGGUGGGAAGAAGUUGGGGGAGACAAACUGACGAAAUUUCCAAGAGUAGAGGCACCAAAUGGACUGCACCUUAGGGUGUCUCAUCUUGCUAACUGAAUUAUGUACAUGGAAAAGAAUAUAAGAGAGAGAGAGAGAGAGAGAGAGAGAGAGCAUAUGAAAGAAAAUAUUUAUGAUGUAUGAUAACGUGCUAACACAAUAGAGAAUCAAUGAAAUUGAGCAAUUUCCUUUUGUCGGCUAA